UAAAGUCUUGGAAAACUUAAAUGUCCUCUGAGAGGCAAUUUUUAGUGAAGCACAAAAAAUAAUUUAAAACACAUCAGACAUACAAAGAAUCAUGAUCAUCUGCAUACAUUUCUACCAGGGAAGUCCAGGUUUGUGCCAUGCCCUAAGCAUCCACGUUAUUUCACAUCCUCUUUGUCCUUCUCCAAACUCCACAUGGUUACCUCAUCUUGUUUGGUUGUGUUGUUGCCAUGGGAACAAAUCAUUUUUUUUAGCUCGGUUGUCUCUAAUCUUGAGAGUAUCUGUACCUGCGGCCAGAAAGGAAGGAACUCCAUGGGGAGCGGAUGAUGGGAUGAAUCCUCGCAGACCUCCUGCCUGCCUUCCCAGUCAGGUACAGUAAGUUCAUUCGGGAGGGGGAGAAAACUGACAUUCAUAAUUCACUGUAAAAAAUGUUUGAAUGAAUGAAUGUAAAAGCCAAAAUCACUUGCUGAAAGUAUAGGCCUGUAUAUGGGAAUGUGUGUAUUGUGUUAAUAUAAACAUAAUGCAUAUAAAACUUAAAUUUAUAUAUUAACAGUAUAAUAGUAGUAGAUAAUAGUGAUAAUGAGUGAAUAUCACAUUUUACGUACACAUGGUCAUGUUCUAUUUACAAUUACAAGCUGCUUCUUUUUUAUGAAUGGUUGGUCUGUCGUGGUGGGAUGUAAACACUGUAUCUUCCAAUAUUUUCAUCGGGACACAAGUUCACAGAGAGGCGUCGUCGCGCCAGCAGCUCCUUGAAUUCGCCUCCCAAAUAUGGACGAGGAAUGUCCCGGAUGACGUCUUGCGUCCGGGCCUCGUAACCACAUCUGUCUCACUGCGCCUUCCCCUUCUCCGAGGUCCCGGGGAGCGGGCGAGGCACAGGAAGAACAGUCGUGUCGGAAAAAGAAACGGGACGCCCUCCUCCUCCUCCUCCUCUUCCUCCUCCUCCUCCUCCUCCUCCUCUCGGCGGAUAACGGUGUCCCACGAAGUUGCCCCGGCCCGUCGCAGACAGCAGCUCCGAGGCUCCGACUCUCGCCCCCCAUCACUCUGCGGCCGCGCUGUCUUGUCCCACGAAAGGGGGAAAACGCUCUGCUGAAGAGAAGCAGAAGAAAAGCCCGUCACAUCAUGGAGGAUCUGGGAGUGCCUGAGCCACCUAACUACCCUCUCAGUCCUCGUAUUGUUGUGUUUGAUGCCCUUCUUGCUGAUCUGGAGAACACUGGCUCUCCUCUGGCUCGGUGUCCCGUCCUGCUCACCUCUGAACCUCCUCAGAAUGCUGAUCCCACCCCCCAGGACCCAGCCCAGACCCGGCCACCACCACCCGCCUACACCCCGCAGCAGACUGUGUCUUCUGCAAUGAAAUCCUCCCAGAACUCCAACCCAGACAAAUUAUACAGCACAGUGUGUAAACCGCGGUCUCCCCGCACGACAGAUCCUCCUCCAGCUUUCUCCUCCUCCUCGCUGCUGGGAGGAGGUCUGAGUGAACUGGACCAUCUGUUACAGGAGCUCAACGCCACCCAGUUCAACAUCACAGACGAGAUCCUGGCCCAGUUCCCGUCUUCUAAGAAAGAUGAGAGGGACAAGAUUAAGGACAAGGUCACGACCUCCUCCUCCAGCUCUGCGAAGCCUUCAGCGACGUCAGCCACACUGGAACUGGACAAACUGAUGGCGUCGCUGUCUGACUUCAGAGUCCAGAGCACACCAGCUGCACCUGUCAGUCCAGUGGUGACGGCACCGCAGCAGCCCGCCACCCCCCCACAACCCUCAGCUGGCGGCUCACUGGACAGCAUGCUGGGGCUGCUUCAAUCAGACCUGAGCCGACAAGGCGUUCAGACAUCCUCCAAGGGAAACUGUUCAGCGUGUCAGAAGCCAGUCGUAGGACAGGUGGUGACGGCUCUUGGGAAAGUGUGGCACCCAGAGCACUUUGUGUGCUCUGAGUGUGAGACCGAGUUGGGCAGUCGCAACUUCUUCGAGAAGGACGGCCGGCCGUACUGCGAGUCGGACUACUUCACCCUCUUCUCUCCGCACUGUGCGCACUGCAACAAGCCCAUACUAAACAAAAUGGUCACUGCUCUGGACAAGAACUGGCACCCGGAGUGUUUCUGCUGUGUCAAGUGCAGCCGGGCGUUUGGAGAGGAAGGUUUCCAUGACCGAGAGGGCCAGCAGUACUGCCAGCAGUGCUUCUUGACUCUGUUUGCUUCCCGCUGUCAAGGCUGCAGCCAGCCCAUUCUGGAAAACUACAUCUCAGCCCUCAACUCUCUCUGGCACCCACAGUGCUUCGUCUGCAGGGAGUGUUACUGCCCCUUCGUCAACGGCAGCUUCUUCGAACACGAGGGUAAGCCGCUGUGCGAGGCCCACUACCACCAGUCCCGUGGCAGCAUGUGCCAGGCCUGCCAACAGCCCAUCCUGGGCCGCUGCGUCACCGCCAUGGGGGCCAAAUUCCACCCCCACCACCUCGUCUGUCACUUCUGCCAGAAGCCCCUGAGCAAAGGCUGCUUCAAGGAGCAGGAGAACAAGCCCUACUGCCACCCCUGCUUCAUCAAACUCUUUGGUUGAGGACACAGCAGAACUUUGCCCCUCCCCAAUCCUCUGGAUCAGAGAAGCUGUAUGACUCUUAGAUCUCAAUUUGUGUUUUUUACUGUGGGAACGAGGGCAGAGCUGGUCUCUUUGUUGGUUUUAAUAAUAUUCUUGGUCAAUAGAGGGGGGUAAGAGAGAAUCAUCCUUCACUCAUUUCUGUUUAUGUGACAAAAAGUGUAAUGCAUUAAGACUGGCAGUAUGAAAUGUAACUCUAGUAUUGGUUAGACACAUACAAAACGAUGCCAAAUGAUUUUGUCAUGUAUGUGAAUCGUUUGCAUACUCGAGUGAUUCAAAUUGAAUGUUGAAAAUUGAACUCUUUUGCCAAAGGUAGAAAAAUAGUACAAUGAAAACAAACGUAUUGUUUCUCUGAAAUACUUGUACAGUUGUACAAUCCCCUUUAAUAUAUUUGCUUUAUGUUGCAAAAAUAAGUGUCUAGUAAGUCUCACUGCAGUUGCAUUUAUAUACUGUAUGCUGAUCGCUAUAUAUGUUUUUGUGUAACAAACUAAUCAAUCAUAUGUUUGAAUUUAGAUAUUUUUGCAUUAUUCUUUCACUAUUGCUCUAUGCAAUUCGCCAAAAAACUAUUCCAAAGAAUAAAAUAAAGAAGAACACAAA